AUGUCACCUUUUCUCGAAGCCAUGUGCGGUGAAAUGCCUGUCGACGAAUUGCUCUCCAUUUUGACACUGGACGAGAAGGUAGCACUGACUGCAGGAAAAGAUUUCUGGCAUACAACUCCAAUUCCGUCUCAUGGUAUACCUUCUAUACGCCUAUCUGAUGGACCAAAUGGCAUACGUGGGACUCGGAUCUUUGACAGCGUCCCCUCAGCCUGCUUACCCUGUGGAACCGCACUCGGGGCGACGUUCGAUAUAGCACUUUUGGCUGAGCUGGGGCACUUACAAGCCCAAGAAGCAAAGGCCAAAGGAGCUGUGGUUGUCCUAGGCCCGACCCUGAAUAUACAGAGAAGUCCGCUGGGUGGUCGUGGCUUCGAAUCAUUCUCAGAAGAUCCACUGCUUUCUGGGAUUAUGGCUGGACACUACUGUCGUGGUUUACAACAAGAGCACAUUGCGGCCACUCUAAAGCAUUUCGUCUGCAACGAUAUGGAGCAUGAACGAACAGGCUACAAUGUACUUGUCACUCAACGUGCUCUCUAUGAGAUAUACCUAUUACCGUUUAUGUUUGCAAUAUCUAUAGGCGAGCCUAAGGCAAUCAUGACAGCAUACAAUAAAGUUAACGGUACGCAUAUGUCGGAGAACUCGACACUAUUACAGAAGAUCCUGCGAGAUGAAUGGAAGUAUCAAGGUUUAGUUAUGAGUGAUUGGUUUGGUACUUACAGUACAACAGAGUCGAUAGUAGCCGGUGUCGACCUUGAUAUGCCUGGUCCAACUCGAUUCAGGGGGCCCGCAUUAUCUCACGCAGUGAGGUCACAGAAGGUCAAAGAGUCACAGCUUGAUGACCGCGUACGGAACGUUUUGAACCUAAUCAAUUACUCGAGAGGCUCCGGAGUUCCCGAACAUGCCCCUGAGAAAUUACUAAAUCGCGUGCAGGACCAGCUGCUUCUCCGACGAGCAGCGGCAGAAUCCAUUGUGCUCUUGAAGAACGUAGACCACGUUUUGCCAUUUUCAAGUUCCAAGAAGACAGCUAUCAUUGGCCCCAAUGCUAAAAUUGCAACUUUUUGUGGAGGUGGCAGCGCAGCCUUAUUACCAUAUUACAGCAUUUCGCCGUACGAAGCCAUUUCGAAACGGUGUAAAACCACAAUAUAUAGUCAAGGCGCUACAGGGCACAAGCUACUACCACAAAUGGGCAAUGCUCUGCGUACAGUGCAGGGCGAUCGAGGCUUCAUCUGGAGAGCCUUCAACGAGCCUGCGUCAGUGGCCGACCGGAAAACUAUUGACGAGCGCAUCCUUGCAGAUACAAACAUGUUCUUCCUCGAUUAUGCUCACGAAAAUCUGGCCCCAAUUUGGUAUUCCCAGUCGGUAGGGAUCUUCACCCCUGACGAGAGUGGGAUCUACGACUUUGGUCUUGGAGUCGAAGGCACCGCAAAACUGUAUAUCGACGAUGUACUUCUCAUCAGCAAUGUCGAAAAUCAGAAGCCAGGUGAAGCUAUGUUCGGUUUUGGAACCAUUGAAGAAAUUGGUAGUCAGCAAAUGACAGCUGGUCAAGAUUACCGAAUCCGCGUGGAGUGGGGAUGUGCAAAAACAAGCUCCCUACCAUCUGUUGGUCCAGUUGGGGGUAAGCAUGGAGGCUUGAGAUUUGGUGCAUGCAAACGAAUCGAUCCUGUGCUAGCCAUCGAAGAAGCUGCAGAAGUGGCCAGGACGGUCGAUCAAGUUGUGCUUGUGAUUGGCCUGAACGGAGAGUACGAAACCGAGGGCGCAGACCGGACGAAUCUGGAUCUACCUCCUCAUACGAACGCUCUUGUAGCGAAAGUCUUGUCAGCCAAUCCCAAUACCGCGGUCGUGGUUCAGUCUGGAACAACAGUGGGGAUGCCCUGGGUCGAGGAGGCUAAAGCUAUUCUCCAUGCUUGGUAUGGAGGCAAUGAGACCGGGAAUGGCAUUGCCGAUAUACUAUUCGGUGACGUGAAUCCAAGCGGCAAGCUACCUCUCUCGAUACCACGUCGUCUGCAAGACAACCCCACAUAUCUCAGCUUUCGCUCCGAGUCUGGACGUGUGUUAUACGGCGAAGAUAUAUAUGUAGGAUACCGAUAUUACGAGAAGGUCGGCGUGAAACCUCUUUUCCCAUUCGGACACGGUCUUUCUUAUUCCACUUUCAAGCUGCACAGCCUCCAUGUUAAUGUCGGGGAUAUCAUCCUGGUCUCGCUAUCUGUGUCGAACUCAAGCCCUCACGCCGGAGCCGAAGUGGUCCAGGUUUAUAUUGCGCCAAGGUCAGCCACGAUUGAAAGACCCAUCAAAGAAUUAAAAGCAUUCAAAAAGGUGUACCUCCAGGCUCAGCAGACUCGGCAAGUUAUUUUAGAAAUGGACACGAUGCUUUCAACGAGCUAUUUUGACGAGGCUCAUAACCAAUGGUGCAGUGAGGCUGGAGAAUACGAGCUAUUGAUAGGCACCAGCAGCGCAGAGACUCCCUUACAAGCCUCGUUCAAGACAGUCAGUUCGUCGGAGGCCGGUAUGGGAAUCGAAGUUGAUAUGCCAAAUGGUCAAAGCCCGUUCUCGCAACGCUCAAUUUUGAGCCUCUCGCCUUACGCCAGUGAGAACUCCAUACUGCUCGCGGGGCCUGUGAUUGAGACAACCACUCCUACGUGGUGCGGUCUCAUGUAUCCAACCGAUGUCCUGUGUCCACGAAGCCUUAUUCUAUACAUCCUCAGCGACUAUUUGAAGUACGUCUACCCGUUGCUCCCUGUGGUACAUCGACCGACUUUUGAGAACGACCUGAAGGAUAACCGUGAUCAACAGGAUGAAGGGUUUGCAAUGUUGAUCGUUUCCUUGUGCGCUGCCACGGUCGGAUUUCUACAAUCCAGAUUCCAGUCGUACCUUGAUUUUACGCCACCUUUGGCAUUUCUCACGCGCACAGACAUGAUCGGUCAUUGUUAUAAGAUCCAUCAAAGCUUUAAGGAUGCGCGAUAUUAUGACACGAUCAGCCACCAAAAAUGGGCGAGUAACUUCUCACUUGGCCUGGCAUUCCACCAGAUAGGAAAAAACACUCUAUGGCGGAUCCUGGACGUUGAAGCUAUGCAGUUACUGCGAUUCUUAGAAGUUCAACACAUCUCAAGCUAUGUGGGCCUGAACGCGAUCGAAGUCCAGCUCCGCAAGAAAGCCUUUUGGCUAAUGUUCUUCGGCUAUGUGCAUAGUAUGCAAAAUCUACGCAAUGAAUGGUUGAAUUUUCUGGACCACUCGAUCCUACGUAGAACUAGUCUCGAAGAUCUCAUACCCGCUCCUGUCGAUGAUGAGUUCAUCACUGCCAACGGCAUAUCUCCUUGUGCUGAAACCGUGGCAGCCACAUCAUUGACUACGGGCUUCAACACUCAUUUGCGCGUCUUCCGCGCCGCACUCGAACGCCAGGAUUCAGACUGCCCUGGCUGCACAGACUUCAAAGAUCCCACGCUGCGUCUGGCGUCUCUCAAAGAUCGGUUACAUCACCUCACUUAUAUGCUCGACACUGUGGAACCACCUUACAGUCUUUGGAAUAAAAGGGCGGCCGAUGAUGACGACGUAGAGAACACUCAACGCGAAGCAAUUCGUGCCAACAUACAUAUCACACACUUAUGGCUCCGAAGCGCGCUCCUGGAUCAGAUUGAAGCCAUAUUAAGUCGGCCAAAGGCAUCACCCUGCAACCAGGAGCCUGUGCUGACAGUACCUGCGGAAGUUUCAGUGGACUCGUUAUUGUGGGAUAAGAAGGAAGAUAUCUGUCGACAAAUGCUACAAGCCUUGCAUUCUUUCAGCCGUUCGGCACUGGAGUCGAACGGACUUUCAGUGGUCAGUUAA